UAAUUUUCUCUGUGAAUAAGAAAACGUGUUUUUUCCACCUAUGUGAUCCUUUUAACCCGCACAUUUGACCGAUGAAAUCCCACGAAACAAUAUUGUGCAUCCUUUUCGCGCAUGCGUAAAUGAGAUACAGCUGUAGAUACAUUUUACCGCUAUCUACCUGUCAUCGCAGAGAAAUCCGGAAGAUAAUGGGAAAAAAAAACUAAUAAAAGACAAAUAAAAAAAAGAAAAAAUAAGGAUGAAACAGAGAAAUGGUGAUUAAUACGGCAACUGUGGCUGGUCUGGACCGAGCGGCGAGCGUAGCGUUGCGCCAGUUCACUUGUAGUCGUCCGAGGGAGAGGUUGUGCGUUCGGCUCUCCAGGCGACCCGUUUUCCUGCUCUUGAGAUUUAGCCGUACCUAUCUGUUCUGAGCAUUUGACUGCUUUUAUGGUGUUUUAAAGUGGUAGGAAAGUGGCAGGAUAGAAUGGAAAAGUAUGAAAACCAGAAUUUCUUUUGUGUCGUGCGAACCUCAUAGCAUUUUGAAACUCAAGCCUUCGGUGCUUAUGCUGACUGCUUACUAAUGUUUCUUUGUGGAGAUAGAGGAGCAUAUAAAGUGAAUCCCAAUCACUAAAGAUGCAGACCACAAGAAACCGACAUUAAUUUGGAAGAGCUAAAGAGAAACUCUUUUGAGACGACCACAAUGCACAUUUUUAGCCAAAAAACAACGUCUUUGAGGAAAUCGUUCCUCUUUCUCCUGUUUGUCCUUCAAGUUCUGAGCUACACUUCGGCCAACCAUUGGGGACAACACAGAGGCCUGGACCGCUUCGGGCGGCGCAACCUGGGGCGCCACCGCCGGAAGGAGGGUGGGCGGCGGAGCGGCAUGAGCGGCGGGGGCGGCGGCGGAAGCGAGCUGCCCCCCCACUUCGACCCCACUUCGCCCACGCAGAUCAAGGCGCAGCUGGGGUCGAGCGCUUAUCUGCCGUGCAAGAUCAAGAACUUGGGAGAUAAGACGGUCUCAUGGAUCCGCAACCGCGACGCUCACAUCCUCUCCGUGGACCGCUACACCUUUAUCGCCGACGCGCGGUUCAUGGCGUGGCACGAGGCCGUCACGCAGACGUGGACGCUGCAGAUCAAGUUCGUGCAAGCGAGGGACGCCGGCAGCUACGAGUGCCAGCUGUCCACCGAGCCCAAGAUGAGCCACUUCGUCCACCUCACGGUUGUUUCCCCGAGAGUGACAAUUCCAGGUGGGUCGGAAAUCCACGUGCGGAGCGGAAGCACGGUGACCAUCAAGUGUGUAGUGAGCCACGCCCUUCACCCGCCCAACUACGUCUUCUGGUACCAUGAGGACACCCGCGUCUCCGAGAGCUCCUGGGCGGGCGUGCAGCAGACGCCCCUGACGGAGGUUUCAGGAGAAGCCAGUGUCGCCGCUUUGACCAUAACCUCCGUGGACCAACAGCAUGCAGGGAACUACACCUGCGCCCCGGCUGCUCUGACGCCCGUCUCGGCCACGCUGCAUGUCCUUCUUAAUGGAGAGCGCCCCGCCGCCAUGCAGCACGGGACGAGCGGCGCCGUCGCAGCGACCUCCUUCUCCCGGAGGAACGCCCUCUUCCUCAGCGUCUUCGCCUUCGUCGAGCUCCUUCAGACACUCCUGCGGUGAUGGUCUCAGCCGGACACGCCCUUCCUCUUCUCCCCUUGUCUUUCCCUUUCUUCUUCCCUAUCUUUUCGUCUUCUUUUUUAAUUGUGAAUUCGUGAGCUUAUAAGGACCUUGUCGUGUUGUGUGGGUCACUGUACAAGAACCAUUGUACAAGAACCUGGAAAAGCCGAAAGUUGCGGCGCGCUUUAAGCUGUUCUGUCCGUCUAUGACCUGCGAGCAGCGAUGAAACUGUUUCGAACAACUCUGAACUGCGAACUCUGAAUAAAGACCUAAACUACUGUGAACUCUGAUCAGCUAUUACCUAUGAAAAAACAAACAGUGAAUUGUGCACAACACUGAAAAAAAGGGAGAAAAGAAAUGUGAGCUAUGUACAGCUGUGCAUUUUUUUUUUUUUUUUU